AAAUUGCAUCCCUUUGCCGGCGGCGCGUCCCCCGGUUCCGGAAAGAGUGUCUCGAGUGUAAUACUCUGGUAAACAUUUCUCGAGUUAACAAGGGGAAGUGAACGCCGACGACACGUGAGAAAGAACCAAAUAGCUCGGCGAGAUCAUGUGGAGAGUUCUGAUCGCCGGAUUUUGCACGGUCGCCGCCGCCGUUGCCCAGGAUUACGAGGUAUCGGACAUUCAGUGCAGCGGCGCGGGAUCGGCGGCCGAUCUCCUGACAGCGAAGAUCAAAAGGCCGGUCGGCUUCAGAGGCGCGCCGCUCUUCGCGGACGACAGAUCGGCGAAUCCGCUCGCCGACAUUCACUGCCAGAUCAGGCCGGACCCGAACGAUCCGCAGGAGGAUAACUACUUCCUGAAGGUGACUGACUUCUCCCGAUGCGGCAUCCUCAAGAGAAACGGAUUCAUCCACUUGCGGGUGUGGUUCCCCGCCUUUCCCGGCGUGGUGAUGCUGGCCGACCAAGAGCUGAUCCUGAUGUGCCGACCGCCCGAGCCGACGCUGCUCAGGCACAAGGCUGCCGGUUUCGCCGGCACUUUUCCGCACGGCGCCAGAGUGUCCGGAGUGGUGGAGGAGACGCCGGGCCGGCUCGAGUACGAGGUGGCCCUUUAUCGCGAGGCGACCGGCAACGUGUCCGAUAAUUCGCAGACGGUCGAUCAGGCGGUGCCGAUCGGCACGAAGCUGCAGCUGCGAGCCCGCAUCAGCCCGGACAGCGCCUGGGGAUACAUCAAGCUGCUGGAGGUGACGGUCAGUCCCGAUCCAGAUCAACCCCACGCCCCCGGUAGCGUCGUGCUCGUGAAGGAUGGCUGCAGGAAUCGCGAUUUUGCGUCCAUCAUUCCGCAUCAGCCGGCGAGGUACCGCGAGCGCAAGAACGAGGUCUUUCUCGACUUCGAGGCGUUCCUGCUGAGCUCGAUGAGAGAGCGUUCUACCCUUUGGAUUCACUCGCAGAUAAAAGCGUGCAUGGAGCCGCAGGACUGUCAACCGGACUUCUGUCUCGAUCUUUUCGAACCUUCGGGACACGGGAAGAAGAGGAAGAGAGCCGUCGAGGCGAAUGUGGAAGUAUUAGGCGAGUUCCUCCCGAAGGUCGAGCGUUUGAUCAAAAGGUACAACGACUCCACGCCGUACACGAAGUUCAAAGAAAAUAUUGAGUAUACAGUGAUGAUGCCGGAUGACCUGUACGACAAAGUUACGGCCGGCCUCGAAGGUAGCUGCGGAAAUUUUCUCUACGUGGCGACGGGAUUGGGUGCUCUACUCGUGUUAUCGGCCUUUAUCAUGUGCUACUUGGCGUCGCGUCUUCACAAUCUGUCCUCGACGGUGCAGCAGAACAAGUCCAUCGACGAGCUGGUCCGAGACCGCACCAGGAAAUAUUGCGACACCACGCCCGGUUACACCGGUCGUUCGACCAUGCAAUAGAGCGACGCGCGAUAAGAGAGAUACAUAAAUCACUCGCGCCGAAUAUACUCCUCAUCAAGUUGUACGGUGUAACACGCGCGCAUAUCGUACAGGGUAUAAUUAAUGUAACGUUACUUGGAGACUAGGACGUUUAUCUGCUAGAAGGAGGGCAAUGUCAUCGUUUACGAGCCACUUGACUCCUCGCUUCGAAAAGCGCGAGAUAUUUGUCCCACUUCAGUGGCGAUGAGAUGUAUCCUUAAUUAAUCUUUCGUCACUGAUAUGAUACGAUAGUCGCGUACCGCAACUUCGUCGAGGAGCGAUUCCGGCAGCGAGCACUGAAUUAACGUUCGGACUAGCGAACGUUGCCGCCCACCGUGGAACGAAAUAAUAGCUCUCGUAACGAGGAACGCCCGGUGGCAAAUGACUGUGCUUCCCGUGUAGAAUAAAAUCAAUUUAACGACGAACGUUCGAGUGAAAGUAAAUUGGGAAUUCGUGAAAAGAAUCUGUCAUCGGAUUUGAACACAGAACAUCUGCUUUGUCUUGCGAUGUAGAUGCGGUGUAGACUUACAAUUAGACGUGUUUACGUCUUCAUGAGGAAGCACUUUUUAAUUUUUCUACAUAAACACAAGAAGCACAUAGAGCCUCUCUAUCUCUUGCCUAAUUUUUCACCUUUUUGAUUCUAAGUAAAGACAGCGUUCAAGAAGAACAAUUUCUGUUCUGUGUUGUAUGAUGUUAAUAAUGCAUCAUUUGACUGCCUGGUCGAGUCUUGUUAUCAAACAGUUAGACGAAGUGAGAAAAAUUGCUAAAAAUUGAGUUAUACUUAAUCGCGUUUUUCUCGCGAACCUUUUAUUCGUUUAUUAGUUAACUUGUAAUGCACUAUUCCCCAAACAUUUCGCGCACAUCAUGCAAUUUCCGUCGAAAGUUUCACGAUCUGUCUCUCGAUAUUGCUCAAAUAUGAAAAAAAUUAGUCUCACUACGAUGAGUCUCUCAAACGUGCAAUGCUAUCACGUGACCUGAUCAUGCGAGCGGAUCGCUCGUGUAAAUAGGAUAAUAAGAACCUCGUUGAAUGCGAAGGAACUCGAACGGGAAAAACAUUUGGGGUGGUUGCACGAAUUUAUCUCACCUUGUAAAUAAACACAAUUGCGGCUCGCAUUUUACAGCAUACCUUUUAACAGCGCAGAUGUUUUAUACGUAUAUUAUUACGAGAAUCUAUAUAUAAUAUAUCUUAAUUAAGUAAAAGAUAU